AUGGUACAAUUAUCAAAAAGAAAGAUUCACUUACGAAAGAUUAAGGCGGAAGCUUCAGAAACUUGUAACAGCAGUGGUGAUGAACUUAAUGAUGUUGAAGAUGGGGAAAUAAGUAUUUUGAGACCUGAGGAAGCAGAUAACGUGAUUACAAGGUUGAUGCAGACAGUUUCAGAAAUGGUGAAUAGACAUAUAAAUACGAAUGAUGAUAGUAUAAGCGAUUCAAUCGGUUCGGAUAGUGAUUCUGAAACUUUUGGAAGUGACUCUGAAGUUGAAACUGCUAAAAGAAACAUUAUUGUGGCAGAAGCAGCUAGAAAAGGUGUUUAUCAUGCUCAAGUUAGAAAAGGAAUGUAUAUAGAUGGACACGAGUAUACAGAUGUAGUGGCUUAUCGUGAAAGGUUUUUGGAAAGAAUGGCAGAAUUUGAAGCACGUAUGGUGGUUUUUUCUGAUGAAAAUAUGGAAGAAGAAACUAGACCAGAUUUUGAUGAUAUUAUCAUUUUGAUAACAUAUGAUGAUGAAUUUCUCAUUGAUAUUGGUGAGCGUUUAGUGUUACAUGAGGAAGACAAGGUAUAUAUGCAACAUGCUAUCCUGCAAGUCAUAUGCUUUCCUGAAGAUUAUAAAAAUCCUGAUCUUCAUGGUGAACUGAAGGGUUUGAAGCAAGUAUUGGGUGAGAGAGGAUUGUGGCGUGAUGGAAUAAAAUUAGCAUGUAAAGGAGGGUGUGAACAAGGAAAAACUGAUUCCAGAUUUUAG